AUCAGUCCAGCGGAUGAUGGGAUGCGCAGUCCUCUGCCGGAUUCACUGCACAUCUUCAAUGCCAUCAGCGGGACGCCCACUGCCGCCACUAUCCAGGGCCUGCCACACUCCUCCUCAGUGUUUGCCAUAAAAAACCGUUUCAGGCACAGAAGCAGCAGGUAUCCAAAGAGGGAACACUGGAUGGACUGGGCUGAUGAGAAAUACGAUAGUCGCCAACUCAACACUUUUUUCUCAGUGUUUUAUUUGUGCAUCAAUGCAGGAAGUCUUCUUUCCACGCUCAUUACACCUGUUCUCAGAGCUCAGGAGUGCGGCAUCCACACUCAGCAGCAGUGUUAUCCUCUGGCUUUUGGGGUCCCAGCCGCUCUCAUGGUCAUAUCUCUGGUGGUGUUCAUCUCUGGCAGUGGCAUGUAUAUCAAAACAGAUCCAGAAGGAAACAUUAUGUGGUCUGUGUGUAAAUGCAUAGGGGGCUCCCGCUGGACUCUCCAAGCCACCACCAUGACCGGAGACUUCGGAGCGUUCAUCCUGCAGCCAGACCAGAUGCAGACUGUGAACCCCAUCCUGAUCCUCACCCUGGUGCCUAUUAUGGACCGGUUAAUUUUCCCUCUCAUCCAAAAGUGUGGCCUCAAUUUCAGCCCUUUGAAGAGAAUGACGGUUGGCAUGCUGUUUGCUGCCAUGGCGUUUGUUUCUGCGGCUCUGGUCCAGAUUGAGAUUGAUAAAACAUUGCCGAAUUUCCCAUCAUCCUCUGAGAGCCAGCUAAAGGUGGUGAACAUAUACAACAGAACAUUGAAUGUGACCAUCUCACCCAACGAACAUCUUCUGAUAGACUCAUUUGAGAGCAGUGCAGAUUACGUGACGCUUGACCAUCAGAACAUCACAGUGUCCUUGAACACAAACCCUGUGAUCAUUAAAGCUUUCAGUUUAAUCAAGGGGGGGCGGCAGACCCUGAUCAUCCCCUCUGACCCAACCAUCAUGUAUAUGCAAGAAGACAUUAAGUCCAAACCAAAUGAAGGAAAGCAUGCCAUUAGGUUUGUGAAUGGCUGGACAGCUGAUCUGAACAUCACUAACUUGGAUUCCAUCGAACCAUCAGCCGCUUCAAACUACACACUGGUUUCUCACGGGAAGCAUGAUUUCGUGCUCAGACAUGGUGAGCAGUGGUGUGAGUUUUCUCGGAAGUUUGGAUUCGGUGCUUCAUACACCUUCCUCAUCCCCAGCACCGUGUUCUCCACUGAUUGUGCGUCUAUAAGAGAAGUUGUGGACAUGAAGCCCAACUCGGUCCACAUGGCUCUGCAGAUUCCUCAGUACUUCCUCAUUACCACAGGAGAGGUCAUGUUCUCAGUCACUGGCCUGCAGUUCUCAUACUCACAGGUCUUCUCCAUCAUGGCUUAUUUCUACACCUACAUAGACCCAGCGGAGAUUGAAGCCCAGAUCAGGAUAGAGCAAGGGCUCGAGCCAGAGGAGAAGGAGAAAGAGACACUAGAAAUUGAGGAAAUUCAUGAAAGCCAGAAUAUUGAUCAGGAGGUCAAACAAACCAAGAUAUAAGAUUUGUGAAGAUUAGAUUAUGUUGGAAUAUGCUAAUAUCUACCCUUUAGUUCCCUAUUUAUUAAAAUAGGUAUAAAAGACUGUAAACAGACAUAUUUGCAGCCAUCAUUGUUAAAUGCAGUGUGAUCGUUGGCUGUAAGACCCUGUAAGUGAAUCAGAUGUAGCAUGAAAAAUGUAAAAACCUUCUGUCAUGAUGAUCUUUAGAUAUG